UCGAGGGUGACGACCGUCUCCAACUCCGCUCAAGUGUUGCAGGAAGUUGCGCACGACAACUGGCUAGGUACAAUGGCGCCUCUGGAUUUGGAUAAAUAUGCAGAGAUUGCAAAGCAGUGUAAAUACCUCCCAGAAAAUGACCUUAAGAGGUUAUGUGACUAUGUGUGUGACCUGCUGCUGGAGGAGUCCAACGUUCAGCCCGUUUCUACUCCUGUAACAGUAUGUGGGGACAUACAUGGACAGUUUUACGAUCUUUGUGAACUCUUCCGAACUGGCGGCCAGGUUCCAGACACAAAUUACAUAUUUAUGGGUGACUUUGUUGACCGAGGGUAUUACAGUUUGGAGACGUUCACCUACCUGCUGGUGCUGAAAGCCAAGUGGCCCGACCGCAUCACACUUCUACGCGGGAACCACGAGAGCAGACAGAUCACCCAAGUUUAUGGCUUUUAUGACGAAUGCCAGACCAAGUAUGGGAAUGCAAAUGCCUGGCGUUAUUGCACUAAAGUGUUUGAUAUGUUAACGGUUGCAGCUCUGAUGGACGAGCAGAUCCUGUGUGUCCACGGAGGUCUCUCCCCAGACAUAAAAACUCUAGAUCAAAUUCGAACCAUUGAGCGGAACCAGGAGAUCCCCCACAAAGGAGCGUUUUGUGAUCUGGUGUGGUCAGACCCCGAGGACGUUGACACUUGGGCCAUCAGCCCCAGAGGAGCUGGCUGGCUCUUUGGUGCAAAGGUCACAAAUGAGUUUGUUCACAUCAACAACCUGAAGCUGAUCUGCAGGGCACAUCAACUUGUCCACGAAGGCUACAAGUUCAUGUUUGACGAGAAGCUGGUCACAGUGUGGUCGGCUCCGAACUACUGCUAUCGCUGCGGCAACAUCGCUUCCAUUAUGGUCUUCAAAGAUGCUAACACAAGAGAGCCAAAGCUCUUCAGAGCUGUGCCUGACUCUGAAAGGGUCAUUCCACCUAGAACCACAACACCUUAUUUCCUGUAAGAACAUUAAAACUAAAACGGCGCAGCCAUUUGUUCAGUGCACAGAUACCGAGUGGGACAGUGACAGCAGCACUUAUGACAACAAACCUGUAUUAAUUGAGUAUAUAUACAGUAUUUACAGUACAUUUCUUGGUGCCAACUGUCAGUUGUUAUUCCCCCCAUUAUUCUGCCGCUUAAAUCAUCCUAAGAUUACAGCAAAGUAUCACUGUGCUGUUGAAAUGUUUUAGAGAAAGGGUUAAAAUGGUGCAGAAGUCAUCUGACCCUUGUAAAAUGUUCAUAUUUAUACAUCCCCGUUUUACUUUCCAAUAAACAUUCAAUCUGCUGAGCACAUGGCAGGUGCAGUGUUAUAUACAAUAUCUCAAUUUAUUUUGAUGUAGUAAUGUAUUAAAGCUCGGUGUAGGACAAUGAAGCACUGCACAAAGGCAAAUAUGGCAUCCUUUCUGACAUAUUUCAGUGGAUUACACAGCUAAUGUUAUUAUGUGGUCUUACAAAAUAUACAUGUAAACUUGAGUUGAUGUGUAAAAAGUUACUAUAUCUAUCUGUUAGAAAUUUCAGUAUUGUUAAGUCUGUGGUACCUUAAAGGAUCCUCUGUAAUUUUCAGAUUUGGAAUCAGCUCUUGUAAUUAUUUUUUUUUCUGUCACCAUACUGUUUUUAAAUAAAGAAAUAUAAAAAAC